AUGCACAAAGAGAAGAGUAAGGUUCAAAUCCUUAAGUCAUUAACUUACAUGCGGUUUAUGGGUAUUGUACAGCUGACCCGAAAAUUUCUCGAAGAUACACCAUUAGCUGAGGGAAUGGGAAGUUGUCGCUCAUUCCCAAAAACGUCAUUUAAUGCUUAUAUUAGUGAAUGUCCAUCGGCUGAUGCAAAUGUUUCGGGUUGUCCAGUCAGAGGAUCUAAAGAUUGUGUUGAUCCUCUAAAUAAUAUGCCACCGCCGAAUCAGCAAGCUGCUCCAGAUCAGCCAUUUCCUUUGAGUACAUUUCGUGAAAGGUCUUCUAUACCAAAAGCUAAUAGUGAAGGUUGUUGGGAAUAUCCUUCGCCGCAGAUGUUCUGGAAUGCGAUGUUAAAAAAAGGUUGGCGAUGGCAAGAAGAUCAACUUUCGCAAAGAGAUAUGGAUAACAUUAUUCGUAUUCACAAUUCCACUAAUGAAGAAGCAUGGAGAGAAGUUUUAAAGUGGGAAAAUCUGCUUCAUCCAUCAUUUUAUAGGGAAUGUGAUUGCCCAAAGCUGAAAAGUUUUAAAGGUAAUGCAAAACAGAUCUCACCCCGAGCUCGAAUUCGUCAGCUGUUAGGGUAUGAGUUGCCUUUUGAUCGCCAUGAUUGGAUAAUUGAUCGUUGCGGUCAGCGUGAUGUGCAUUAUGUAAUUGAUUAUUAUGAUGGUGGUGCUGUGGAUCAUCAUUCGAAACUUUUCACUAUUCUUGAUGUCCGACCUGCGUUGACGGACUGGCAGAAUUUUUGGGAUAGGAUGGUUGUUGCUUAUUGGCGUUUUAAAUACGAGACCUUGGGCCUUACUCCAAAGCUACCUAUUCCUCCUGUUGCUAAAAAAUGUAGUUUCAGAAUGUCUGUCGUGUUGCGUUUAUUUAUUCAAACGAAAAAUAAGAUUAAUUCUCCACCGAAAAUUCUUAAUUCUAAAUUCAUAGUUCCACUUCUUCGAUCCGUUCAAACAGAUGGAAAGAAUUAUGUUUUGGGUGCAUCACUUGUAGCAAAUACCACGCCAACACAGCGUAAAUUGAUAGGUUUGUGGUUAUUGGGAUGUGCUGGUAUGGUUUAUGGUGCGGUUGCGCUGGGAGGCAUAACUAGAUUAACGGAGUCUGGUCUAAGCAUGGUGAAUUGGGAUUUGUUUCGGUCAAUGAAACCUCCAUUCAGUAAUCGUGAAUGGUCUGAGGAAUUUGAACGUUAUAAGCAAUAUCCCGAGUACAAAUUCAAGAAUAAUAAUGAAGAAAUGACAUUAUCGGAUUUUAAAUUUAUAUGGACAAUGGAAUAUUUACAUCGUAUGUGGGGUCGUACUGUCGGAGUCAUUUUUUUAUUGCCUUGCGCCUAUUUUUGGGCUAAAGGCUAUUUUUCAGCUCCAAUGAAAAAGCGUAUGCUUAUAGCGGGCAGCCUUUUAAUUUCCCAAGGACUAAUUGGAUGGUGGAUGGUGAAAUCAGGACUUGAUCCUUCUGGUAAUUCUAAUCAAGAUAUCCCUCGAGUAUCAGAAUAUCGUCUUUCUACUCAUCUGCUUAUGGCAUUUAUUUUGUAUACCAUGUAUCUAUGGACUGGGUUGUCAUAUAUUUUCAUUCCACAUGAUCACACGAAUUUGAAGAAUAUUUCUAAACUACGCGGUAUGGCUCAUUGUUCCAAAACUUUCAUCUUAUCUACGGCUGUAAUGGGAGCCUUCGUGGCUGGUCUUGAUGCUGGUUUAAUUUAUAAUUCUUGGCCCAAAUAUGCUGGAAAUUGGAUUCCUGAAGGCUUGAUCUCUAAAAAUCCAAAAUGGAAAAAUCUUUUCGAGAAUCCAACUACAGUGCAGUUUUUGCAUCGAAAUAUGGCUUAUUUGACUCUGCUUUCGAUCACUAUAACUUGGCUUAUCGGGCGUCGAAUAAAUUUGGGCUAUCGAGCAAAAUUUGCAUUACAUUCAUUGAUGGUUGUAGGCUAUCUGCAAGUGCUGCUUGGGAUCGCAACUUUAGUGCAUUAUGUUCCUGUUUGGUUAGCAGCUUUACAUCAGAACGGCUCAAUGGCUCUUAUAACUUUUGCUUUUUGGCUAACCAGCGAGAUUCGUCGGGUUCCAAAAUAA